AGAUAUCUCUCUGCUAGACAGAUUUCAAAAUGAUGUCUUUGAUGAAAAAGUUACUGUUUUCUCUACCUUUGUUCCUGACGUUUCUAGCAUGUGGAACAGCUGUGACUCCAAGGUUGGUCUGUUACUUUAGUAACUGGGCUAUCCAUCGUCCGGGUAUUGGUAGUUACGGUAUCGAUGAUAUUCCUGCUGAUAAGUGCACGCACGUCAUUUACUCUUUCAUUGGUGUGAGCAACGUUACCUGGGGAGUUCUCAUUCUCGAUGAAGAAAUCGAUGUUCAAAAAGGCGGCUUCAAUCAUUUCGUCGCUCUGAAAGAGAAGCAUCCUCAUCUGAAGACUGAGAUCGCGAUUGGCGGCUGGGGCGAGGGUGGUAGAAAAUAUAGCCAAAUGGUUAGCGUGAAAGCCAGACGUGAUUCGCUAAUCAACAGCAUCGUUGAUUUCAUGAACAAGUUUAAUUUUGAUGGUUUUGAUGUUGAUUGGGAAUAUCCGGCUGCUACUGAUAGAGGUGGUAGCUUCAACGACAAAAACAACUUUUUCUAUUUCACUGAGGAGCUGAGAACAGCAUUCGAUAAGGUUGGCAAAGGCUGGGAAAUCACGCUGGCAGUGCCAAUACCCCAGUUUCGACUUAACGAGGGGUAUCAUGUGCCAGAAUUAUGCAAACUUGUCGAUGCCAUCCACGUUAUGUCUUAUGAUCUUCGUGGCAAUUGGGGCGGAUUUGCUGAUGUUCAUAGUCCGCUUUACAGGAGACCUCACGAUCAGUACGCCUACGAGAAACUGAACGUGCACGAUGGUCUUCAGCUCUGGGAGGACAAAGGCUGUCCUGCCAAUAAACUUGUCGUAGGAAUUCCGUUGUAUGGACGUAGCUUCACCCUUAGCCAAGGCAAUAACAACUUCAAACCUGGUACUUACAUCAACAAGGAAGCCGGUGGCGGCGAACCUGGUAAUUACACUGGGGCUCAAGGAUUCAUAUCCUAUUACGAGAUUUGUAUAGAACUUAAACAACCGAAUCAAAACGGAUGGACCAAGGAUUACGACGACGUGGGUAAAGUACCUUAUAUGUACAAAGCAGGAGGAAAAAGUCCCCAAUGGGUUGGCUACGAGGAUGUGGACAGUAUUGGAUAUAAGAUGAAUUUCCUUAAAGAAAAGCAAUACCUCGGUGCCAUGGUCUGGGCUUGCGAUAUGGACGACUUUAGAGGAAUCUGCGGUCCUAUGAAUCCUCUCAUAACCGCAAUCCACGAUGGCCUGAAGGGCUACACAGUAACACCCAAAGAUUACAGGACAACUCCCGGGCCCGAAUGGGACAGGCCACCUAGUACCCCAUCGAAUGAGGGAAAACCGAGACCCACUCCGAAUCCCAUACCCACUUCGAAUCCUGACGUAACAACCGAAGUACCUCGUCCUACGCAGCCUCCGUCGAAGCCAGGCGAUAAAAAUGAUGUUGUUUGUAACGGCGAGAUGAUGAUCCCUAGCAAAGACUGUUCUGAGUACUUCGUCUGCGUCCAUGGUAAACCGAUGAAAUCAAAGUGCCCGGCCGGUUUGAUUUUCCAAGCAACUAAUCUCAUUUGUGAUUGGCCAGCCAAUGCCGAUCGCAAAGAAUGUAGAAAGAUCUAAUCCAUCGAUGCCUUGAUUCUAUUGAUGUCAACUGUCCAGUGUUUUAUCGAUUCCAUCUCUCAAGUCUAUAAGGAAAUUUAUUACGAUAAUUUCGUAUGAGAACAUUCGUUAUACGUGUUACUAUUUGUUGUUGUGUGCGAGAGCGUGUGCGAUGCUAUUAUCGCUAUAAGUCAUAAUACAUCAUAUGCAGUUAUUAAAGAGAGA